AUGGACGUGGCGGAGAAGGAGCGGGAACAGGUGAAGUCGGUGCGGGUUCCUUUGGAGAUCAGCGCCUACGCAGAGUCUCACCGCAUCGUGGAGCUGACCCAGGAACUGGUCAAGGGACUGCUGAUCGAACGGCCCGAAGACCCUCUGCAGUGGCUGAUCACGGAGCUGGAGAGGCCGGAGCGCCAGCCCCGUGUGCUCGUGCUGGGCCCCCCGGCUGUUGGCAAAAGCACCGUGGCGUCCCGUUUGGCGACGGAGCUCCGAGCCAUCCACGUCACCACAGAGAGCCUAGUGGACAACUACACGGACAUCAGCGCUCAGGGACGUGUCUAUUUGGACAAAGGGCAGGAGGUCCCCCCUGACCUGCUCUGUGCGCUGCUCCAACAGAGACUCAAACAAGCAGACUGCUUUAACAGGUAA